GGAAACAGUGUGAGAAGUGCGUGAAGUGGGUCGAGACUUGACACGAAAUCUGAGAUUUUACUUGAUCCGCGGUCCAGUUUUAAGGAUGUAAAGCUACAGGUUGCGGACAAGGACUUAAUCAAGCAUGUUUUUGUAAGCAGCUUGCAGAAUCGAUGAAGAUAAUCCAGGAAUUGUACAGGAUCUGCACACCCUACUGCUCGCCCCGUCGGUAACUUCGGACAGAGGCAGGGCUCUGCUGCUAGCUGCUACACCAGCUAAGCUAAGAUUUUGUCCCCUUCCUUCCUGAUGCUGGGGGUCUUGUGAGGACACACAUCUUCCUCAACUACAGCUGAAGUUCUGUCAAGAUAGUCUCUGCUGAGGCUUCCUGAUUGAGUGAACCACAUAUAGAUAUAUUCUCAGAAAGUGCAGUGAGAGAGAGAAGUCAAGAUGUCUAUCACCAACACACCUACCAGCAAUGAUGCCUGUCUGAGCAUUGUGCACAGCCUGAUGUGUCACAGACAGGGUGGUGAGAGCGAGACGUUUGCCAAGCGGGCCAUUGAGAGCCUGGUGAAGAAACUGAAGGAGAAAAAGGAUGAGCUUGACUCCCUCAUCACUGCUAUCACCACCAACGGGGCCCAUCCCAGCAAGUGUGUGACCAUUCAGAGGACUCUCGAUGGACGACUGCAGGUGGCGGGACGUAAAGGGUUCCCUCAUGUAAUCUACGCGCGGCUGUGGCGGUGGCCUGACCUGCAUAAGAAUGAACUGAAGCACGUCAAAUACUGCCAGUUUGCCUUUGACCUUAAGUGUGACAACGUGUGUGUCAACCCCUAUCACUAUGAGCGAGUGGUGUCUCCUGGCAUAGACCUAUCAGGACUGACUCUGGCCAGUUCUGGCCCCAGCUCCGCUCUGAUGGUGAAAGAUGAGUACGACUUUGAUGGUCCGCAGAGUCUGCCCUCGAUCGACGGAGGGCACUCCAUCCAGACCAUCCAGCACCCCCCCUCCACCAGCCACCCGGCCCCCUCUGAGCCCUUUGCCACUCCAAACCUUCUCCCCCCUGCUGAGGCCUCCACCUCCGCCUCUUCGUCAGCUUUUCCUGCCAUUUCUGCUGGAUCAGGAGGUGCCAGCGCCAACUGGUCGAGGAACAGCAACUUCAACCCCAACACACCCCACCACACAAACGGCCAUCUACAGCACCACCCCCCCAUGCCACAUCCGACACACUACUGGCCGUUGCAUAAUGAGCUCGCCUUUCAGCCUCCUAUAUCCAACCAUCCAGCUCCUGACUACUGGUGCUCCAUUGCAUAUUUUGAGAUGGACGUUCAGGUCGGGGAGACGUUUAAGGUCCCCUCUUCUUGCCCCAUUGUGACAGUGGACGGCUAUGUGGACCCCUCAGGAGGAGACCGCUUCUGCUUGGGUCAGCUCAGCAAUGUUCAUCGCACUGAGGCCAUUGAGAGAGCAAGGCUUCACAUAGGCAAAGGGGUUCAGCUGGAGUGUAAGGGGGAGGGGGAUGUGUGGGUGCGAUGCCUCAGUGACCAUGCAGUGUUUGUUCAGAGUUACUACCUGGACAGAGAGGCCGGCCGAGCCCCUGGAGACGCUGUGCACAAAAUAUACCCCAGCGCUUACAUCAAGGUGUUCGACCUCCGUCAGUGCCACAGACAGAUGCAGCAGCAGGCCGCCACAGCUCAGGCCGCCGCUGCAGCUCAGGCAGCCGCUGUGGCUGGAAAUAUACCUGGCCCUGGAUCAGUUGGAGGAAUUGCUCCAGCUAUUAGUCUCUCGGCAGCAGCUGGUAUCGGGGUGGAUGACCUGCGGAGGCUGUGUAUUCUCAGGAUGAGUUUUGUUAAGGGCUGGGGUCCCGACUACCCCCGGCAGAGCAUCAAGGAGACCCCCUGCUGGAUUGAGAUCCACCUGCACAGAGCCCUCCAGUUACUGGACGAGGUUCUGCACACUAUGCCUAUAGCAGACCCUCAACCUCUGGACUGAGAUGCGCCCCCACCCCCGCAGCAUCACACUGCAGCAUACAGCGGCUACGGAGAGUCGUCCUCAGUGAACCGUGUGGAGAAUCCAGUGAAACAGCUGUGACACUGUAGCUGUCCCACAUGAAAAAAUAAACAUUCAGGUGUUUUUGAGGUACCUUUGUGCACUGUGGCCCCUACUUUUGCUUUUUUUCAGCAUUAGUGACACUACAAUUAGCUAAAGCCAUAUAUUAAAUAAAGAUAUGUUGCUCUUUAUUUUUGAUAUAUGGCUUUGAUUUGUUAUGACUGGAAAGAUGAGUAGACAGUUACAAAGCAACACAUCAUAAUGAUAGAUGACCUGAAGAUCCCAUGAAACUGGAAUGUACAGCGACUACUCAGUCCACAACUACUGACAGACAUCAGACUCACUGAACAAUGGAAGAACGCCUGAGGGCUGUACAGCUGCGGGAUGAGUGUCUGAGCACCAGGAGAGUGCUGCUGGUUUCUAUUGUGUCAGACUGCUUCACACCUGGCAUGACAAGCAAGUCUGGUCCGCGAUCAGCCAUCCACGAACAUCACACAGAACGGAAGGACAAGCGCCAUGCCUCAAGCCGACUCACUCUCUGAACUGAAACGAGGUCAAGUCUAGGGGCUUCUCUGUGAUUGGUUAUGGGUUUUAUGGAGGUCCAAUGACAAAUAUUUUUUAUUUCCUCUUCUCAAUUAAACAAGAUCCCCACUUUCACAAGACAAUAUUGUCCUUCAGUGGCGUCAUGACAUGCAAAGUUAAAUGGCAAUAUAUCUGUUUUUACCAACUAUCUGUGAAAAUAUUAUUUCUCCACUCACUCAAAUGACAGGAGGCUCAUCAAUCAUUCGUCGUUGGUAAAUCUCCACCCUGGUCUCCUCUCACCAGACAGCUGGUCUUAGAUGUAUGGAGUUUAAUCAUGGUAAAAGCAACAAAGUGUAUCAAUGUUUGGGCAAACCAAAGUAUUCAUUACUCAGAAGCAGUCUUGUGUGAUCAUGAGAGAAGUCCAGUGGACGUUCAUUUGGAAAUUAAAUUGAAUUUUAAAGGGGAUUAUGUUUGUUUUCUUUUCAAUUGUAUGUCUCUUUAUCUCCAACCAUACCCGACACUCUCCACACAGUUGAGAAAUAUUGAACUGAAAUAUCUUAUGACUUGCAGCCCGCCUACUUGAUCAAGGUUUCUUGUGUAUAGUUUACUGACACAAAUACAAGACAAUUUCACAGCAAUAUUGACUCUUUUUUUGGGUUCUAUUUUUGUUACUUUAUUAACUGAUUUGUAUUGUAAUUUUAGCACUUUCAUUUUUUCAAGUUUUUAAUUCAAUAACCCUAAUUUGAGUUGGUUGUCCUGCAAUGUGGAAAAGGGAGUGAAUAGAGUGGUUUAUAUUUAUGUAGGAUUGUGAAAAGACGCAUCUUUGUGUACAUUAGUAUUAAAAACAUGUAACACUAAGUCACAUUUUUAAAGACUGUUUUUGCCCUUUCACUUUUACACACUUGUAGUUUGGAGUUGCAUUUAAUUUUUUGGAUUUGCAGUUUUCUUUCUUUUUUAAUCCAUGUAAAUAUAUUUGUUUUUGAAAAGUAUGUCAAUGUCUGCAUGAUUUGAAUGGCAAAUAGACCCUUUUAUAUCUAACCCUUUUUGAAAUGGAGUACUUCACUUGCCCUGCAUUAAACAGGGAAACUGGACUCCGUGGAGUGUAGAAAACUGGAGUGCUGCUGGUUUAUGACAAAAGCAUUUAAGGCAAACCGAGGGAAGCUACAUAGUCAUAACUAAGGGAAAAUAUCCAAAUUUAAGAACAUAAACUCAAAUUGCUGGAACCUAAGCUCCUCUGAGGCAUAAUUUGUUUAAAUACAAUAACUCUAAAAUUAGAAGACACAUUUUUCUCACAGGUGUAGAAAUAGGUGAAGAUAAAUUGACACACAUAAAUAGAUAUGAAGUCCCAUCUCAUCUGCCCGUGCAUCUUUUGUUUUCUUUGGCUUUUUUUCACAGCAAAUCGCCAUACAGUAAAUCCUGUCUGAACAUAUGUAUCUGACAAGACAUUUAAAACAUGUAUUUGUGUAUUUUUCCCUUUGAACAAUGCUGUCUUUGUGGGUUACAGAUAACAUGGAAAAAUACACACUGCAUACUCAGCUGUGGUUUCUUUCCUUUUACUCAUCUUUGAUAAUUCACUAUCAUUUGAAAAGCAUUGUUUUUUUUCAAACAGCACGAAUAAAAGUCAGGUUUUUGGAUUUAUUACCAUAA